AGCUUGCUUACUAUCAACGCUAGAUAUAAUAAGAUCAUUACUACAAAUGUCUGCUACCGAGAACAACAUCGCCGCUACAGUUGAACAAGAUAAUACCACCCAAGGAUUGAAAACAGUGGAUCAUUUCAAGAAGUACCCUAUUGUUCAUUCUACUGGGGCUUUAGUACGAUCCAUUCCACUUAGCAAGACAUUCUUUGGAGUUUUUAAUUACAGCUUUCAAACAGUGAGAAAUGUGCAACCAUGCAAGGCAAUCAUAAAUACAUCCGAUGAGUAUGCAAAUCGAGCCCUUGAUGAAAUGGAUCGUUGGUUCCCAUCAUUGCAAACAAUAGAAACAAAAGACAUUACUACACCCAUCACUAAGCCAGUUGCCACCGCGAUCGAAGGGGUUCAAACUUCAAUCACUACCAUUAAUGAAACAGUGCUGAAGAAUGUUGUUGAACCAACCAUCAAUGUUCUUGAAUCGGCCAAACAAGGGUUUGAAUCCAAGGUUUAUGAUAGUGAAGGUAAGGGAAUCAUAUCGAGUCAAGCGGAUCCACUCGUUGCCCCAAUUAAUAAUUCUUUACAGAAUUUUGUUGAUCGUCAAUUUCCAGACAAGGAAAGAGUUCCUCAAGAGGGACAUUCUAGUGAAUUGGCACGUACUUUAAAAAUUGUCAGCAAUGCGUUGUCAAGAGGUGAAAAGACAAAGAAACAGUAAAUCUCUUAAAUAGUUAAUUUAAUAUGAAAUGCU